AUGUCACGUUUCUUUGCCACCGGGUCCGAUAGCGAGUCGGAGGAUUCCUUGUCGUCUGAUGAGAUCACCCCUAAAGUACCCGGCACUACUUUCACCAAGCAGUCAGUACUACUUUCUCUUUCCGAAAUCUCAGUCACACUAACUGUUUUGGCAGCUUUCUCACUUUUCCACAUUUGGUCCCUGUAGGUCAUUGCUGCUUCGUGACGAUGAGGAAGACACCAAGAGAGUGGUGCGUAGUGCCAAGGACAAGAGGUCAGUCAUUUACUCUACUUCAUUAUCUAAAGAACCAUCUCCUUAGCCUUGUCCCUGAUCUGGUUGUGCUGUAUAGCCAACUCCUACAGUGAGGGAAAAAAGUAUUUGGUCCCCUGCUGAUUUUGUACGUUUGCCCACUGACAAAGAAAUGAUCAGUCUAUAAUUUUAAUGGUAGGUUUAUUUGAACAGUGAGAGACAGAAUAACAACAAAAAAAUCCUAAAAAACACAUGUCAAAAAUGUUAUAAAUUGAUUUGCAUUUUAAUGAGGGAAAUAAGUAUUUGACCCCCUCUCAAUCAGAAAGAUUUCUGGCUCCCAGGUGUCUUUUAUACAGGUAACGAGCUGAGAUUAGGAGCACACUCUUAAAGGGAGUGCUCCUAAUCUCAGCUUGUUACCUGUAUAAAAGACACCUGUCCACAGAAGCAAUCAAUCAAUCAGAUUCCACUCUCCACCAUGGCCAAGACCAAAGAGCUCUCCAAGGAUGUCAGGGACAAGAUUGUAGACCUACACAAGGCUGGAAUGGGCUACAAGACCAUCUCCAAGCAGCUUGGUGAGAAGGUGACAACAGUUGGUGCGAUUAUUCGCAAAUGGAAGAAACACAAAAGAACUGUCAAUCUCCCUCGGCCUGGGGCUCCAUGCAAGAUCUCACCUUGUGGAGUUGCAAUGAUCAUGAGAACGGUGAGGAAUCAGCCCAGAACUACACGGGAGGAUCUUGUCAAUGAUCUCAAGGCAGCUGGGACCAUAGUCACCAAGAAAACAAUUGGUAAAACACUAAGCCGUGAAGGACUGAAAUCCUGCAGCGCCCGCAAGGUCCCCUUGCUCAAGAAAGCACAUACAUGCCCAUCUGAAAUUUGCCAAUGAACAUCUGAAUGAUUCAGAGGAGAACUGGGUGAAAGUGUUGUGGUCAGAUGAGACCAAAAUGAAGCUCUUUGGCAUCAACUCAACUCGCCGUGUUUGGAGGAGGAGGAAUGCUGCCUAUGACCCCAAAAACACCAUCCCCACCGUCAAACAUGGAGGUGGAAACAUUAUGCUUUGGGGGUGUUUUUCUGCUAAGGGGACAGGACAACUUCACCGCAUCAAAGGGAUGAUGGACGGGGCCAUGUACCAUCAAAUCUUGGGUGAGAACCUCCUUCCCUCAGCCAGGGCAUUGAAAAUGGGUUGUGGAUGAGUAUACUUUUUUCCCUCACUGUAUGUUAGUUUUUAUGCCUGAUGAUAGGAGUUGGCAUUACAGCAUAGGCAUAAACUGAUCUGGGACCAGGCUACCACCCAUAGGAGUUGGCUGUGCAACAUAUACAUAUCUGGGACUAGGCUACCAUCUCCUGACUGUCUGAGGCAGUCUAGUAUAUGCUGGUAUGCCUGCCCUGGACUGUGCCAUCUAACCCAGGGAUUCCCAACAUUCGGGGUGCCAAAAUUUCGUGUGGGGGGCGUAAUACUUUUUUUGGGGUGCAAUUCUCGAUUGUUUAUACCAAUCUAAAACAACGCAGAAAUCCGCAAUGCUUUAGGCUAGAAACAAGCUGUUAAAUGCCAGAGGAAGCACAAGGGGAUAUUUUUGGUUUGUCUCUAUGACAUUCAGAAGCUGAGCUACGAGGAGUCAAAUAAAUUUGACUUUGCUUGGGAAGUAAUCUUAUACAAUGUGUCACUCUGUUGCUACCAAUUGAUCAAAUCACUUUCUGUAAAAGAGAAUGUAUAAUUAAAUUGAAGGUUCAUGUAAAUGAUCUUAAUAAAAUAUAUUUGGUAGCGGAAUAACAUUUGUGGAAAUUGGAUCUAGACUUUAUUUUCCUCAUCCAUUAUUAGUAUUAUCAUUAAAUAGCCUACCUAAAAUAUGUCAUGAGUCUAGUUAAACUCUGUAGAACUGCAGGAAAUGAGCGUCGGGGGAAAAAAUAUAUUUUCCUAGGUCCCUCAAAUUAAACAAAAUCAAGCUGGUGUUGUAUUUAAUAUAGGCUAUCUCAAUAAACAAUCAUUAAAAAAAUAUUAUGUCCUAGGUUCGAGGAGCUAACUAACCUGAUCAAGACGAUCCGCAACGCCAUGAAGAUCCGAGAUAUGUCCAAGUGUCUGGAGGAGUUUGAGCAGGUAUGUCGAGCGUUCCUCAAAAGCAAGACUAUAGUGGACAAGGAAGGGGUGCCCCCCUUCUACAUCCGUCUUCUGUCCGACCUGGAAGACUAUUUAAAUCAGGUAAACAUUCUCAGUUCACACUGUUUAUGCUUGUGAAACUGCUCCGAUGUCACUCAGUGACAUCUGAUGUGAGGUUAUGCAAACUGAAAAAGGAAAGGAAAAAUAUGCACAUCAAUCAGGUUCUCGAUAGAAAUAAAAAAAAAACAUAGUGAUUUAUUAAGACUCACACUCCUACCACUAUGCCUAAGCACAAUGUGUUUCCCUACAGCUUUGGGAGGACAAAGAAGGCAAGAAGAAGAUGAACAAGAACAAUGCCAAAGCACUCAGCACCCUGCGGCAGAAGAUCCGCAAGUACAACAGGGACUACGAGACAGAGAUCGCCAGCUACAAGGAGGUGAGGCUUUUCAUUAUGACAAUACAGGAUGGUAGAUUCUUUCUGUGGUUUUUUUAAUGUAGCAAAUAACACUUACCAAUAAGGAACGUACAUAUGAAGCUACAUUAAAUAAUCCACAUAUGCAUUCUCUUUUGGCAACAUUUAUAGAACCUUUUGGAGCCCAAAUCACACGGGGAGUUGGGAAAUCAAAUGCAUGGGAGUGAAUGAGAGAAGACGGGCCGCGAGCAUCAACUGCGUCAUGAGCUUAUAUAGCGUGUCAAAUUGUUAUCGCGUCUACGCAGAGCAAUGCUGGUAAAAUUUGCUGAUAAAUUCUAGUGAUGGGGAAAAAAAUAGAUGGUUAUUUAUCUUAAUAUUAUUUUGGAAAAUAUAAUAUCAGUACUUUGACUCCCAAGUAUCGAUAAAUUAAUUAAAUGCUGUCGGCCGUACCUCCGACAAAUCUCUGGUAUAUUUCAUCCUAUACCUUAGAUAGUCAGCCACCACAUUUUCAGCACUUUUAUUUCCAUGAUUGAUCAAAACUCAUUUUCUCUUUCUUGUCUCUCUGCAGCAGACAAGUAGUGAGCAAUAUGUUUGGAAUAUCAAAUCGCAAUAAAAUCGUAGUAUCGUAAUAUCAUAUGGUGAGGUCCCUGGGAUUUCCGAGCGCUAAUAAAUUGUCAGAUAAUAGACUGUUUGUGCAUUGCUACCUCUGGAAUUGUAGAAAAUUGGCAGAAUCUACCGCACACCCAAAACCGAUAAGUGGAGGUGCUGGAGCCAAAAUGCUAAACUGAAAAAGUCUGUGCACACUUCCAGUCAGGUUCAAAUGUAUUUUAAUAGUAGCUGAGCUUUCGGUCAGUCGACCGAUCAGUGCAUAUCUUCACCUGACUGACCAAAAGCUCAGCUACUAUUUAAAGAAAUAAGCAUCUGACUGGAAAUGUGUAAAGACUUUCUCCAGUUUUUCAGUUUUACCUCUGGAAUUCUGAAGUGUAUAGUUAAAAAGGGUAUAUUUAGUGUUUAACUGCAAGCCAAUUUAUUUAUUUAUAUAUACAUACACACACACACACAAUGAGGUGGAAAAAGUAUUUGAUCCCCUGCUGAUUUUGUACGUUUGCCCACUGACAAAGACAUGAUCAGUCUAUAAUUUUAAUGGUAGGUUUAUUCGAACAGUGAGAGACAGAAUAACAACAAAAAAAUCCAGAAAAACGCAUUUCAAAAAUGUUAUAAAUUGAUUAGCAUUUUAAUGAGGGAAAUAAGUAUUUGACCCCUCUGCAAAACAUUACUUGGUACUUGGUGGCAAAACCCUUGUUGGCAAUCACAGAGGUCUGACGUUUCUUGUAGUUGGCCACCAGGUUUGCACACAUCUCAGGAGGGAUUUUGUUCCACUCCUCUUUGCAGAUCUUUUCCAAUUCAUUAAGAUUUCAAGGCUGACGUUUGGCAACUCGAACCUUCAGCUCCCUCCACAGAUUUUCUAUGGGAUUAAGGUCUGGAGACUGGCUAGGCCACUACAGUACCUUAAUGUGCUUCUUCUUGAGCCACUCCUUUGUUGCCUUGCCCGUGUGUUUUGGGUCAUUGUCAUGCUGGAAUACCCAUCCUCAAUGCCCUGGCUGAGGGAAGGAGGUUCUCACCCAAGAUUUGAUGGUACAUGGCCCCGUCCAUCGUCCCUUUGAUGCGGUGAAGUUGUCCUGUCCCCUUAGCAGAAAAACACCCCCAAAGCAUAAUGUUUCCACCUCCAUGUUUGACGGUGGGGAUGGUGUUCUUGGGGUCAUAGGCAGCAUUCCUCCUCCUCCAAACACGGCGAGUUGAGUUGAUGCCAAAGAGCUCGAUUUUGGUCUCAUCUGACCACAACACUUUCACCCAGUUCUCCACUGAAUCAUUCAGAUGUUCAUUGGCAAACUUCAGACGGCCCUCUAUAUGUGCUUUGUUGAGCAGGGGGACCUUGCGUGCGCUGCAGGAUUUCAGUCCUUCACGGCGUAGUGUGUUACCAAUUGUUUUCUUGGUGACUAUGGUCCCAGCUGCCCUGAGAUCAUUGACAAGAUCCUCCCGUGUAGUUCGCAUGAUCAUUGCAACUCCACGAGGUGAGGUCUUGCAUGGAGCCCCAGGCCGAGGGAGACAGUUAUUUUGUGUUUCUUCCAUUUGCGAAUAAUCGCACCAUCUGUUGUCACCUUCUCACCAAGCUGCUUGGCGAUGGUCUUGUAGCCCAUUCCAGCCUUGUGUAAGUCUACAAUCUUGUCCCUGACAUCCUUGGAGAGCUCUUUGGUCUUGGCCAUGGUGGAGAGUUUGGAAUCUGAUUGAUUGAUUGCUUCUGUGGACAGGUGUCUUUUAUACAGGUAACAAACUGAGAUUAGGAGCACUCCCUUUAAGAGUGUGCUCCUAAUCUCAGCUCGUUACCUGUAUAAAAGACAACUGGGAGCCAGAAAUCUUUCUGAUUAAGGGGGUCAAAUGCUUAUUUCCCUAAUUAAAAUGCAAAUCAAUUGAUAACAUUUUUGACAUGCCUUUUUCUGGAUUUUUGUUGUUGUUAUUCUGUCUUUCAUUGUUCAAAUAAACCUACCAUUAAAAUGAUAGACUGAUCAUUUCUUUGUCAGUGGGCAAACAUACAAAAUCAUAAUUUUUUCACUGUGUGUAUGUAUGUAUGUAUGUGUAUAUAUAUGUGUACAUAUAUGUGUGUGUGUGUGUGUGUAUAUAUAUGUAUGUGUAUGUGUGUGUGUGUGUGUGUAUACACUACCAGUCAAAAGUUUGGACACACCUACUCAUUCAAGGGUUUUUCUUACUAUUUUUGAUGUUGUAGAAUAAUAGUGAAGACAUCAAACCUAUGAAAUAACACAUAUGGAAUCAUGUAGUAAACAAAAAAGUGUUUGCCUCGCAAAGAAGGGCACCUAUUGGUAGAUGGGUAAAAAAAAAGCAGAUAUUGAAUAUCCCUUUGAGCAUUUUGAAGUUAUUAAUUACACUUUGGAUGGUGUAUCAAUACACCCAGUCACUACAAAGAUACAGACGUCCUUCCUAACUCAGUUGCCGGAGCGGAAGGAAACCGCUCAGGGAUUUCACCAUGAAGCCAAUGGUGACUUUAAAACAGUUAGUUUAAUGGCUGUGAUGGGAGAACUAAGGAUGGAUCAACAACAUUUUAGUUACUCCACAAUACUAACCUAAUUGACAGAGUGAAAAGGAAGCCUGUAGAGAGAGAAAUAUUCCAAAACAUGCAUCCUGUUUUCAACAAGGCACUAAAGUAAUACUGCAAAAAAUGUGGCAAAGUAAUUCACUUUUUUGUCCUGAAUACAAAAUGUUAACUUUGGGGGAAAUCCAAUACAACACAUUACUGACUACCACUCUCCAUAUUUUCAAGCAUAGUGGUGGCUGCGUCAUGUUAUGGGUGUGCUUGUAAUUGUUAAGUACUGCAGAGUUUUUCAGCAUAGAAAUGGAAUGGUGCUAAGCACAGGCAUAAUCCUAGAGGAAAAUCUGGUGCAGGCUGCUUUCCACCAGACACUGGGAGAUGAAGUUACCUUUCAGCAGGACAAUAACAUAAAACACAAGGCCAAAUCUACACUGGAAUUGCUUACCAAGAAGACAGUGAAUGUUCCUGAGUGGCAGAGUUACAGUUUUUACUUAAUUUACUUGAAAAUCUAUGGCAAGACCUGAAAAUGGGUGUCUAGCCAUGAACAACAACCAAUUUGACAGAGCUUAAAGGAUUUUGAAAUGAAUAAUGUCCAAAUAUUGCACAAUCCAGGUGUGGAAAGCUCUUACAUACUUAAGGCAGACGCAUGCUUCCCAACCGAAACAAUUCGGUACAGUUUGUGCGUAUUUUCUGAUGACAUUUUCUGACGUUUUUGUUCGUUUUGGAGUUUGGUUAGGGUUUUGUCGGUUGUUCGAGCACACACCCCUUCGUCCGUUAUUGGUCAACUGUAGGGGUGACGCAAGUUUCUGCUUCUUGUCAAUUAACCCUGAAACUCAGUGUGGAUUCAACAUGGCGAACGACAACUUUGAGCAUCGAUUGACCGAGGAGGUACGAAAGUACCUUCACCAGUACGAUUCUAGCCAUGCAUUAUAAAAAGACCAGCAUGUAAAUGCCAUUUCAUGGAGGGAGAUAGCGGAGACGCUGGGGUCCGACCCAACCACUUGUUUGAAAAAGUGGGGUAUGGUUCGCGACAAGUUCGUCAAGGCAAAGAAAAUAAACUGGCCGCAGUGGAGAUGCCGGUGGAAAGGCUACUCCAGAAAUGUUGCUGCUGGCUUGUUUGGCACGUGAAGCAUGGGAAUACUGAAGGCCACAUGUCGUCUUCACCAAAGGAUGGGGUAUGUUGUUGUAUUUUCUAUUGUAGUCGACGAAAAGAGUAGCCAUGUUUUGGUAACAAUAGCUAGCGCUAGCUACUUGGCUGGCUAGUGGCUAGCUAGCCUAGCAGCAUACUCGUGCAGGGAAAGCAAGCCAACCAACUAAACUAAAGAUCUUUAGAACUUUUGAUCAAACAUAAUUUUGUCAUAGAAAGAAAAUCAUAUUCCCACAUUGGUAACACCAAAGUCAAAGUUUGCUAGCAAGGUCCAGCUAGUCAAAAUGUUGCAAAAGUUUGAGCAGAGUUGAGUAGCUAGUCCAGGCCUACUCAACUCUACUCAAACGUUUGCCACAUUAUAUAGUCUAUUGUAGUCUUGGUUAAUAAUAUUUGAUGGUCAUUAAUGUUUCGGAUAUGUGUAGUAAAUAGCCCUCUUACUUAUAUUUUUAAGGCACAAACACCAGUGAAUGGAGACAGCACCUGGUUUUGUUCUCUGCGCCCCAGCACUGCCUGUUCACUGGCCCUAAGCACUAUCUCUGCUGCCAGUACUGACGGGUGAUCGGCCCCCAGCCCAUCUCCUGCACAUAGUUGCAGUGCAGAAUUAGAAACGAUCAACAUGCAGGACCUGGGAAGCUCUAUCCUGGGCCCACCUCCAAGACCGAUGCCACAGAGCAGCAGCAGUAGUAGCAGGGGUGUGAGAAGGGAGAAAAGACCUGCAGACUCAGUCCUUGACACAUCACUCGCAAAGGCAUUGCAAAUUAUUGAAGACGUAUCUCAAGAUCUGGAGAACGUCAUGCACCGAGCCACCAGCUUCUCACAGAGGUAAAUAACAAAUAAUUUCAGACUUUACUCUGAUCCCCUUUCCUCUCUUGUGUUGUCCUUUUUCCUCCUCUCCUCACCAUGCAUACGGCUUUCCAGACACUCUUAAUUUCCCUCCUCUUCUCAUCCUCUCCACAGGGUCCUGUCACCUAUAGCUGAUUUCAUGGAUGAACUCGCGCCAAAACUCCAGGAGGAAUUCGAUCACCAGUUGCAUGAGUUUGUGCAUGACAUAACUUGUUCUGUUGUUGUUCAGACAUCUCAGGAGUCAGACACUUUCAUUUUAUUCCAUAUACACUUUUGUUAUCUACAGGUCUGUUCAUAAGACACUGUUGUACUAUUGUUCAGAAAUAUUUAUAUUCAGGAAUAUUUAACUACUCUGACACAUUUUAUUCCAUAGACACGUUUUCAUUUCAGUUCUCAGCAGACACUUUUUUGUAUUGUGGUUUACUUUCAGAAGCAAGAAUAAAGGUUUAUUUGUGUGCUGAAAAAGCUUUGUUGGCAUUUCUUCAAGGUGUUUCAAUUUUAACAUCAAGUGCUGACAACAUACAGAAGAGCUGUGUGCCACAGAUUUUCUUCUACUUGUGUAGUAGUAGUUUAAUCAAAAUUAUUGCACACUGAGACGUCCCAGAAUCUGAUUUCAUUUUAUUAACAAGAUUAAAAAACUACUGGUUCACGGUGCACACCAAGAACUGAGUCUGUGCGUCCAAUAAUCCUCAUCCUUGCAGCCAUGAUGCCGAAUGCAUUCUGACUCCGACAACGGGAGUGGUAGUUCCAGGUUUACUGAGCUGGACACCUGUGAAUGCGAGGUAACGAGAAUAUAUGUCUUAUAUUUAUAUUUGGAAAACAAAAAAAACACCAUACCAUUUUUCAGGAACCAUAUUCCAAAAGCCUUGAUAAAAUGGCACUUAUCAUAUAGUGGUGCAUACAUGUAUGCAGUGUGGUGACGUGACUUACUUUAAUGUAUGACUGUUAUUUAUCGAAUCACCUAACUAUGUUUAAUUGUCACUCGAUUAAAUGAAUCAUGUAACAAUUAACUCUUUAGGAAUUUGGGGCACCACGGAAGAAGUUGUUUAACGAGUUACCAUCUCCCGAAUUAAACUCUUAGAAGAUAUAUGUUAUAUCGAUAACAGUCACUUAUUAAAUAAUUACCUCUUUUUAGUCUCAUUCUGAAUGUCGCAUAAUCCUUGAACCUGCAAGAACCCUAACCUUAUUGAUGAAUCUGCAAUACACAAAUUGGCUUCAUUAUUUAUUUACUAACUAAAUAAUAAAACAAACACACACAGGUUGAUUACUAACGUAAUACAAUGAAACAGGUCCCUAGUGAACUGGACUAACAAUAGCAUGACUGCUUGGGUAGAGGGAGGUUCAGAGUGGAAGGGAGAGACAGAGAUUCAAACUAUCGUGGUUACUUUGGAGACUAUGCUCACAGUAAUCAUAAUACUUAUGCACCCUAAUAAUGCUCAUUCGGAUUAGAAAUGCAACAUGUAUUUACGUGUGGCUGUCCUCGAUAGUUGAGUUGAUGAUGUAGGACUCUGGUUUGCCCACCAGAGAUCUCAAUGUCCUUGGUAGAGUAUCUGGUCGCAGUGGUGGUUAGAAUGGAUACUACAGAUGUACCAGCGGUUGUCUGAGAGGGAUUGUCCUUCCCACUUCGUGUCUUUAGUGAAAGUUCUCUAGACGACUAUACAUGCCAGCUGCAGACUGAAAUGAUAAGGUCUAGUGCAUUGUCGUCUUCUUCACCUCGUGUAGAGGUUGAGAGUUCCAGAGUUUCUCAAUUUCAAACGUGUGGACUAACGUCUCACUUUUUCUGGUCUUUCUAGUCUAACCAUUUUGUAACGUGUAGCUUCAGCUUCACGCUUCUUGGUCUUGUAGAGUGGGGCUUACUGGUCUGGUAGAAAUUCAACCAUUUGCAACGGUUGGCUCACGCUUCACGUCUGCUGGUCUGAGGUGAAUUUCGUCACAAGGCUUUUUAUGCACUUGGGGUUAAAGGGACGUUCCAUCAUGUCUUUGGACCCAAAAUAACUAUCUUAAAACACUCCACCAUAGCUCUCUCGGCCGUAUGCCCCUACAUCCACCAUUGUGAACAUGCAGUGGGCAUCUUAUCUGUCGCCAUAUCUCGCCUAUUAUGUGUUGCUAGGUACAUCCAAUUCGCACCAAUAAAAUGUUCUUGCCAAUCAAGUGUCUCUGUACACAAUUUUAUUCUCCCGCGCUUCAUCUCUUCACUUGUUUGGCCGUAGAUGGCUAUUACCAGCUCAUCGCCCUCUACUGUCCCAGGGUAAUAUUGCCACUUUCCCCUUUUAUUAGUUUUUCAAGCAAGCAUCUUAUGGCGCAUUCGAGCACACUCAUUCGGUUCAGCUAGCUGACUUCAGCUAGCCGACAGCCAAACUGAAGCAUGUUGACGCCUUUACCCAGAAAGACUCACAGCUGUAAUCACUGCCAAAGGUGCUUCUACAAAGUAUUGACUCAGGUGUGAAUACUUAAGUAAAUUUGAUUUCUGCAUUUCAUUUUCAAUACAUUUGCAUACAUUUCUAAAAACAGUGGCACAGUGGUCUAAGGCACUGCAUCUCAGUGCUUGAGGCGUCACUACAGACCCCCUGGUUCGAUUCCAGGCUGUAUCACAACCGGCCGUGAUUGGGAGUCCCAUAGGGCGGCGCAAAAUUGACCCAGGGUCGUCCGGGUUUGGCCGGUGUAGGCCGUCAUUUGUAAAUAAGAAUUUGUUCUUAACUGACUUGCCUAGUUAAAUAAAGGUAAAAUAAAAAAAUAAAUGGAGUAUUGUCCAGUGAUUGCUAUCUUGGGUUCACAAUUAGGCUAUUUGUUGUAUUUACUGUUAAAUUAUGGCUCCAGAAUUUUCAGAUUUCUUUUGGUUCAAUAGAUGAAUUUGCCUGCAUCUUUAUGUGCACUAAUAUACUAGGCUAAUUUAUUUAGGUCACUACCUGAGUAUGUGGAAACCAAAAAUAAACAUUAGCUAGAUCGUUAACUCUAAAUAUAAUAGCCACUGCUAGUAACCAUGUAUUAAUCUAACAGUGAAUUGAAUGUCCAAAAAAAGUUGCAGUUGAAGCCUGUCGCCCAAUGAGACCCAUGCAAUGGCCAAUGCGGAUUUUACGUUGUGCGUAUAUCAAAGCCAUAUUGAAUAUCUUGGUUAUAAAAUAGUUCAUUCUUGAGAAAUACAAAUUACACCUUCAGAAAGCUGGGAACCUCUCUUCAACUGUGACGACAGGAUAGCUGUGUUUUCCCCACAAUUGGAUUUAAAAAUGUAAUUAAAUCAAAACACUUUAUUUAUAUUUUUCAUGAAAGAGUGGCUCGCUCGACACGGCAGCAGGCCCCAGCAAAACAGGUGCAAGGGCAGGCAGAGACUUUCAUUACAGGAAUCAUGAGGAUAAUGUACUUUACAGUUUGACCAACUCAAACAGUAAAGUAUCUCAAAAUCUAGUUUUGAGUGAGGUGACCAUGUAGAAUGUGCAGUUCGCACCAAUGCGACCAAUUAAAAUGUAGCUCGCCAUGUCAAAGGGUCGCAAAAUGUGACUAAAUGGUCGCAGUCUGGAGCCCUGAGUUAAUCUGACAAAUAGGCUAUCUAUUUGAAAUCAAUGCAGCAGCCUGCCUGUGUUGAUUUCGAUCAUGGGCAUAGGGGUGUCAAACAUACGGGCCACAGGCCAGAUUGACUGGGCUCCGGGCCGUAUGUUUGACACCGCUGCUUAUAUGCAGGGGGGUUUGAGUAAAAUAAAACAUUUUAUAAUUGUUUUCUGAGAAAAGCGAUCUUAAUUGACAUUGAAAUGACUACAACCAAAUUGAAACUGUGUAAAGAUUAUAAUGGACCUACAUUUAUAUUCUGUAUCUGUCCUGCUUGCUUAUCGAAAAUUCCAAAAGUGUUGGAUAUGGGACUAUUUUUAGCAAAUUCUGACACAGGGGAAAUAUAACAACCGUCAUUUUACGGGGCAAAAUGACGGUUGGAAAACUUGGAGAGUUAGGUAACUCCGAUUUCAAAAGAGAAUACAACUGUUUAGAAUAAUUUACUCUUAUUCUGGUGUACACUACACUACACACGCUUGCAGCUCUCCCGCGCCUAAAUUCACUCCGUUGACAGAUGUCCCCCGUGUGUUUUCGGCUUAAUUAAUCUUUCCCAAGACCCUGCGAGCCAGUGUGAGACGCUUAGUUCCCACUAAUGGCUCUGUGGUAUAAUAGCAAUCUUUUCUCUCUCUCAUUUUCAGAACCCAAUGGCGUCUGCGGAUGAGGAGGAGGAGAAGGAUGAGGUUGAAUCAGGUGAGUUUCUUUCCAUGCCUUUUCAUUACACCUCGAUCUAUGCCUACAGUAAAUGCCAUUAAUGGAAGACUCAAAAGUCUGCUUUUGUCAUUUGGGAGCUAGCCCAUAGUAAAGAAAGUAGCCUUGUCCAAGACAGAACAGCCAAUAGGGCAGGAGCUUACUUCCUGUUUCGGUAUAAAGAGGCAGCUUGAUGUACAAGGAAACCCACUGGACAGGAGGCUAUUCUAUUGCAGGGCCUUACCCCCAAUCCAUCUCAGGGCGCCAUUGAUGCAUUCAUUCUAUGGACUAGCCACUGUUUUACCUGCUGUUUUUUUUUUCAAAAUCACCCAUCUUCCUUGAUGUCUGUAGGGGUGUCGUCAGAUAGCGACGACGAACCGGGUGACGCCAAGAGCUUUCUGAAGAAGAAACCGGCCACCGAGGCACCGCCGCCAGACGGUAGCAAGUUCCUGAAGGGAGCGGCG